AUGAGGGUUAUCUACACAGCAGAUAUUCUUGACCGGGAGACAACCAAAUCCUACUGGUUGACGGUGUAUGCGACUGAUCAUGGCGUUGUCCCACUCUACACUACCAUCGAAGUCUACAUUGAAGUGGAGGACAUGAAUGACAAUGCCCCUCUCACCUCUGAGCCUAUCUAUUACCCAGUUGUCAUGGAGAACUCCCCAAAGGAUGUAUCUGUCAUUCAGAUCCAAGCCCAGGACCCUGACUCCAGCACUAAUGAAAAACUGACUUACCGGAUUACAAGUGGAAAUCCCCAGAACUUCUUUGUAAUCAAUCCCAAAACAGGUCUGAUUACCACAACAUCAAGAAAAUUGGAUCGGGAGCAGCAAGCAGAACAUUUUUUAGAGGUAACCAUCUCAGAUGGGGGCACAUCUCCCAAGCAAUCCUCCGUUUGGGUGGUGGUCCAGGUUCUGGAUGAGAAUGAUAACAAACCACAGUUUCUAGAGAAAGCCUAUCAGAUCAAGCUGCCCGAGAGGGACCGUAAGAAAAGAGGGGAGCCAAUCUACAGAGCUUUUGCUUUUGACAAAGACGAAGGCCCUAAUGCGGAAAUCUCGUACAGCAUUGUGGAUGGCAACGAUGACGGGAAGUUUUUCAUUGAUCCCAAAACAGGGAUGGUUUCUUCCAGAAAGCAGUUCACAGCAGGGAGUUACGACAUCUUAACAAUAAAAGCAGUGGACAAUGGCCGGCCCCAAAAAUCUUCAACUGCACGUCUCCAUAUUGAGUGGAUAAAAAAGCCAGCGCCCUCGCCCGUGCCCCUGACUUUCGACGAGCCCUUCUACAACUUCACCGUCAUGGAGAGCGAUAAAGUGAACGAGAUUGUCGGGGUGGUCUCUGUGGAGCCCUCUAACAUCCCUCUCUGGUUCGAAAUCGUCGGUGGCAAGCAUGCUCGAGAGAUGUUCUAUAUUCUACAGACAGCUUGUGGGCAGAACUGUUCAACAGAAGGAGGGAAUUACGAUAGUUCUUUCGACGCGAAGAAGGGAGUGGGCACUAUUGUCAUUGCAAAGCCCUUGGAUGCAGAGCAGAGGUCAAUGUAUAAUAUGACUGUGGAGGUCACCGAUGGAACAAACAUUGCCACAACUCAGGUUCUCAUCAAAGUGUUGGAUAACAACGAUAACGGCCCGGAAUUCUCUCAGCCAAGUUACGAUGUCACCAUUUCAGAGGACAUCCUCCCUGAUACUGAAAUUCUGCAAAUUGAAGCUAUAGACAGAGAUGAAAAGCAUAAGCUGAGCUACACCAUUCACAGCAGCAUCGAUACAGUCAGCAUGAGGAAGUUCAGAAUUGAUCCCAACACCGGGGUUCUCUACACGGCUGAGAGAUUAGACCACGAAGCUCAAGAUAAGCACAUCCUUAAUGUCAUGGUUCGAGAUCAAGAAUUCCCUUACAGAAGAAACCUGGCCAGAGUCAUCAUAAAUGUGGAAGACUCCAAUGACCACAGUCCCUACUUCACCAGCCCAUUGUAUGAAGCCUCAGUGUUUGAAUCAGCAGCAGUUGGCUCAGCAGUGUUGCAGGUCACGGCUCUGGACAAAGACAAAGGAGAAAAUGCAGAGCUUAUCUAUACUAUUGAAGCAGGAAACACAGGAAACACAUUCAAGAUUGAACCAGUUUUAGGCAUCAUUACAUUACUCAAGGAGCCAGACUUAACCACAAUGGGACAGUUUGUUUUGUCAGUCAAAGUGACUGAUCAAGGUUCUCCAGCGCUGUCUGCAACAGCAAUUGUGCGGAUAUCUGUGACAAUGGCCGAUAACUCUCACCCUAAGUUCACUCUAAAAGAAUACCAAGCAGAGGUUAAUGAAAAUGUGGAUAUUGGUACUUCUGUCAUUUCUCUUGCUGCAAUCAGUCAGUCCACGUUAGUUUACGAGGUUAAAGAUGGCAAUGUUGAUGGAGUCUUCACUAUAAACCCGUAUUCUGGAGUGAUCACCAGUCAAAAGGCCCUUGAUUAUGAACGUGCUUCCUCCUAUCAGCUCAUUGUACAGGCAACAAAUAUGGCAGGCAUGGCAUCAAAUGCCACUGUGAACAUUCAGAUUGUUGAUGAAAAUGAUAACCCUCCAGUUUUUCUCUUCUCUCAGUACUCGGGCAGCAUAAGCGAAGCUGCUCCUGUGAACAGCGUGGUCCGGAGUGCAAAUAACAGUCCCCUUGUGAUACGUGCCACCGACGCUGACAGCAACCAGAACGCUUUGCUUGUCUACCAGAUUGUUGAAUCCACUGCAAAAAAGUAUUUCACGGUAGAUUCCAGCACAGGUGCAAUCAGAACAAUUGCAAACUUAGACCAUGAAACGAUAGCCCACUUCCAUUUCCAUGUUCACGUUAGAGACAGUGGGAAUCCCCAGCUUACUGCAGAGAGCCCAGUUGAAGUGACCAUUGAGGUAACUGAUGUCAAUGACAACCCACCAGUCUUCAGCCAGGCUGUAUUUGAGACAGUCUUGCUCCUGCCCACAUACAUUGGUGUUGAGGUUCUCAAAGUCAAAGCUUCAGACCCUGAUUCAGAGAUCCCUCCAGAACUAACAUUUAGUAUAAUUGAAGGCAAUAUGGACCAUUUUUUAAUUGACUCAAGCACAGGGGUACUCACCAUUAAAAACAAUAGUCUCUCCAAAGACCAUUAUAUGCUAAUAGUAAGAGUAUCUGAUGGGAAAUUUUACAGCACUGCUAUGGUGACAAUAAUGGUAAAAGAAGCUAUGGAUAGUGGACUCCAUUUCACACAAAAUUUUUAUUCCACUUCGAUCUCAGAAAAUAGCACCAAUAUCACAAAGAUUGCUGUGGUGAAUGCUGUUGGCAACCGCCUCAAUGAGCCUUUGAAAUACAGCAUAUUAAACCCAGGAAACAAAUUUAAGAUCAAAUCCACCUCAGGAGUCAUUCAGACCACUGGUAUCCCCUUCGACCGAGAGGAGCAGGAGCUGUAUGAGUUGGUGGUGGAAGCAAGCCGUGAGCUAGAUCACCUCCGUGUCGCUCGAGUGGUGGUGAGAGUUUACAUUGAGGACAUAAAUGACAAUGCCCCGGUGUUUGUAGGGCUUCCGUACUACGCUGCUGUGCAGGUCGAUGCUGAACCUGGUACCCUGAUAUAUCGAGUGACAGCUAUUGAUAAAGACAAGGGUGACAAUGGUGAGGUGUCAUACCUGUUGAAGGAAGACUAUGGACAUUUUGAAAUUGAUAGAGGAUCUGGUAGCGUCACUUUAAAAGAAGCCUUCAAUACUGAUUUGUCUAAUAUAGAGUACUUGGUCGUCAUUCUUGCCAAAGAUGGUGGUAACCCAUCGUUGUCUGCGUCGGUAGAGCUACCCAUUACGAUUGUUAACAAAGCAAUGCCUGUGUUUGACAAGCCCUUCUAUACAGCUUCCGUGAAUGAAGAUGUAGAAAUGCACAUGCCAAUUUUAAGCAUAAAUGCAACCAGUCCAGAAGGCCAGGGUAUCAUUUAUAUCAUUGUUGAUGGAGAUCCCUACAACCAGUUUAAUAUCGACUUUGAUACUGGAGUUCUGAGUGUCGUCAGCCCACUGGACUAUGAAAUAAAUUCUCUUUUCAAGCUGAUGGUGCGAGCCAGCGAUGCUCUCACUGGCGCUCGCGCUGAGGUAACUGUGGACUUGAUUGUUAAUGAUGUUAAUGAUAAUCCUCCAGUUUUUGAUCAGUCAGCUUAUAAUGCUACUCUGUCCGAAGCUUCUUUGAUUGGAACUCCUGUACUGCAGGUUGUUGCUACUGAUGCUGACUCUGACAAUAACAAGAUUGUACAAUAUCAGAUAGUCCAGGACACCUUUAACAGCACUGACUAUUUCCAUAUAGACAGCAGCAGUGGCCUAAUUUUGACAGCCCGGAUGCUGGAUCAUGAACUCAUACAGCAGUGCAGCUUGAAAGUCAGAGCAACCGAUAAUGGGUUCCCACCUCUGAGCAGUGAGGUUCUCGUUAGUAUCUCAAUAACAGAUAUGAAUGACAACCCUCCAGUUUUCAACCAGUUAAUAUAUGAAUCAUAUGUGAGCGAACUGGCACCUCGGGGUCAUUUUGUGACUUGUGUCCAAGCUUCUGAUGCCGACAGCUCUGAUUUUGACAGGCUGGAGUACAGCAUCCUAUCAGGAAAUGAUCGGACCAGUUUCAUUAUGGACAGCAAGAGUGGUGUUAUCACCCUUUCCAACCAUCGCAAGCAGAGGAUGGAGCCCAUGUACAGCCUAAACGUCUCUGUGUCAGACGGGCUGUUCACCAGCACAGCUCAGGUGCACAUACAGAUCCUUGGGGCCAACCUCUACAGCCCUGUGUUUUCACAGAGCAUUUAUGUUGCAGAGGUUAGAGAAAACGCUGCUCCUGGAACGAAGGUAAUCCACGUGAAGGCAACCGACGGGGAUUCCGGUGUAUAUGGCCAGAUCAGCUACUCCAUAAUAAAUGACUUCGCCAAGGACCGAUUCUUGAUUGAUGCAAAUGGGCAGAUUCUGACAACUGAGAGGUUAGACCGUGAGAACCCGCUGGAACGUGAUAUCGAUAUAUUCUUGAGAGCCCUUGAUGGAGGUGGCAGGACUACAUUUUGCACUGUGAGAGUGAUAGUAGUGGAUGAGAAUGACAAUGCUCCCAAAUUUAUGACAGUCGAAUACAGAGCAAGUGUCAAAGCAGAUGUUGGGAAGGGUUACUUGGUGACCCAAGUGCAAGCAGUAGAUCUAGAUGAUGGAGCCAAUGCCAGAAUUACCUAUUCUCUGUAUAGCGAAGCCUCAGUUUCAAUAGCUCAUCUGCUUGAAAUAGAUCCAGAUAAUGGAUGGAUGGUCACCAAGGGUAGCUUUAACCACCUGAAAAGCACUGUUCUGUCAUUCUUUGUCAAAGCAGUUGAUGGUGGCAUUCCUGUAAAACAUUCCCUCAUUCCUGUCUACAUCCAUGUUUUACCGCCAGAAACCAUUUUGCCUUCUUUUUCUCAACCCCAGUAUUCUUUCACCGUGGCAGAAGACACACUCAUAGGCAGUACUAUUGACAUUCUGCAUGUUUUGCCCAAUCAAGGUGCUUUGUAUAGUACAGUUAAUGGUGAGCUACCUGAAAACAACAAAGAUGGGGUUUUCAUCAUAGAGAAAGAAACAGGGCUUAUAAAAUUGGAUAAGAGACUUGACCACGAAGUAAAUCCCGCCUUCCACUUCAAAGUUGCAGCCACAAUUCAGUUAGACAAAGUAGACAUUGUGCUGACUGUGGAUGUGGAGGUGAAGGUGUUGGAUGUAAAUGACAACAAGCCUGUGUUUGAAACAGCUAACUAUGAUGCUAUAAUAAUGGAAGGGAUGCCCAUAGGAACAAAACUUAUGCAAGUCAAAGCGGUUGAUGCAGACUCAAGUGCGAAUGGGCAGGUCAUGUACACGCUUGCAGUGGAAUCGGAGCUGCAGAAGAUCACAGAAGCAUUCACCAUUGAUAGCAACAGUGGCUGGAUCAGUACACUGAAGGAUCUGGACCACGAGAAGGAUUCUGCUUUCACCUUUGCAGUUGUGGCCUCAGAUCUGGGGGAAGCUUUGUCCUUGUCCUCAACCACCUUGGUCUCAGUCACUGUGACAGAUAUAAACGAUAAUGCACCCGUCUUUGAGCACGAGGUGUACAGAGGGUCAGUGAAGGAGAGUGACCCUCCAGGGGAAGUUGUGGCUGUUCUUAGCACCUGGGAUGAAGACACAUCUGAUGUCAAUCGGCAGGUUAGCUACCAUAUUACAGGAGGGAAUCCCAAAGGGAAAUUUGCUCUGGGACUGGUUCAGAAUGAGUGGAAAGUUUAUGUUAAAAGGCCUCUGGAUCGGGAAGAGCAAGACAUUUAUUAUCUGAACAUCACGGCCACAGAUGGCCUCUUUGUGACCCAAGCUGCUGUGGAAGUGACUGUCACUGAUGUCAAUGAUAAUAAUCCAGUUUGUGAACAGGUUGCAUAUACCGCGUUGUUUCCUGAAGACAUUCCACCAAACAAAGUAAUUCUCAAAAUCAGCGCCAAAGAUGCUGACAUCGGGUCCAAUGGUGAAAUUCGCUAUUCUCUUUAUGGUUCGGGGAACAAUAAAUUUCUCUUAGAUCCAGAAAAUGGUGAGCUGAAAUCUUUGGCCCCUCUCGACCGAGAGAAAAUCCCUGCAUACAACUUGGUUGCCCGAGCCACUGAUGGUGGUGGCAGGUUUUGCCAGUCAGAAAUCCAUCUUAUUUUAGAAGAUGUUAAUGAUAACCCACCAGUGUUUUCAUCUGACCACUACACUGCUUGUGUCUAUGAGAACACAGCCACUAAAGCUUUGUUAACAAGAGUCCAAGCAACUGAUCCUGAUGUUGGAGUGAACAGAAAAGUCACCUAUUCCCUGUCAGACUCUGCAGAUGGUUACUUCUCAGUUGACCGGUCAUCAGGAAUCAUUAUUUUGGAGCAUCCACUUGACAGAGAGCUUCAGUCCUCCUAUAACAUCACUGUAAAGGCUUCAGACCAAAGCAUUGUGCUGACCUUAUCCUCGUUUGCCACCGUUACCAUUACAGUGCUGGACAUUAAUGACAACCCUCCCGUGUUUGAAAGAAGAGAUUAUCUUGUUACGGUACCUGAAGACACCUCACCUGGCACCGAGGUCCUUUCUGUUUUUGCUACAAGCCAAGACAUUGGUACAAAUGCUGAGAUUGCCUAUCUCAUCAGAUCAGGGAAUGAGAAAGGGAAGUUCCGGAUUAACUCAAAAACAGGAGUGAUUUCCAUUUUCGAAGCUCUGGAUUUUGAAUCGUGCAAGGACUUCUACUUGGUAGUGGAAGCAAAGGACGGAGGAACUCCAGCACUGAGCGCGGUUACGACGGUGAACGUGAACGUGACGGACGUCAACGACAACGCGCCCACGUUCAGCCAGGCUGUCUACAGCGCCGUCAUCAGCGAGGACGCGGCCAUCGGGGACUCCGUGGUCUUGUUGAUAGCAGAAGAUCUGGACAGUCCUCCCAAUGGUCAGAUUCAUUUUUCCAUAGUGAAUGGGGAUCAAGACAAUGAAUUUUCAGUUGAUCCUGUUCUGGGACUCGUGAAGGUUAAAAAGAAAUUGGAUAGAGAAAGGAUAUCUGGCUAUUCAUUAGUUGUCCAGGCAAGAGACAGUGGUACCCCUCCUUUGUCUUCAUCCGUGACGGUCAAUGUGGACAUUUCUGAUGUGAAUGAUAACAGUCCUGUGUUUACUCCAGCUAACUACACAGCUGUAAUUCAAGAAAAUAAACCAGUGGGCACAAGCAUUUUGCAGCUGGUAGUGACAGACAAAGACUCUUUUCACAAUGGCCCCCCUUUUACCUUCACCAUCCUCACUGGCAAUGAAGAGGAGGAGUUUACACUGGACCCUCAUGGCGUUUUGAGGUCUGCAGUCAUCUUCAAGCACAUGGUCUCAACUGAGUAUGUGCUCUGUGUGCAGGCAAAGGACUCUGGGAGGCCUCAGCAGGUUUCCCAUACCUAUGUUCAGGUGAGGGUUAUUGAAGAGAGCAUUCACAAACCAACCGCCAUUCCACUGGAGAUUUUCAUUGUUACAAUGGAAGAUGAUUUUCCUGGGGGAGUCAUUGGGAAAAUUCAUGCCACAGAUCAGGAUGUGUACGAUGUCCUCACGUACACGCUAAAAUCCGAGCAGAAAAGCCUGUUCAAGGUCAACAGCCACGACGGGAAGAUCAUCGCCCUCGGAGGACUGGAUAACGGCAAGUACGUCCUGAACGUCUCGGUGAGUGAUGGCCGGUUCCAGGUGCCCAUCGAUGUUGUGGUCCACGUGGAGCAGCUGCUGCAAGAAAUGCUGCAGAACACGGUCACCAUCCGCUUUGAGAACGUUUCCCCGGAGGACUUUGUGGGUCUGCACAUGCACGGGUUCAGGCGCACCCUGCGCAACGCGGUGCUCUCCCAGAAGCAGGACAGCCUGCACAUCAUCAGCAUUCAGCCGGUGGCAGGCAGCGGCCAGCUCGACAUGCUCUUUGCGGUUCAGAUGCACAGCGGUGGGUUCUAUAAGCCCGCCUAUUUGAUUCAGAAGCUUACCAAUGCGAGGAGACACUUGGAAAAUGUGAUUCGUAUUUCUGCCAUCCUGGAGAAGAAUUGCUCGGGACUGGAUUGUCAGGAACAACACUGUGAGCAAAGUCUGUCUAUUGAUUCCCAUUCCCUGAUGACUUACAGCACAGCACGAAUUAGUUUUGUGUGUCCCCGCUUUUACAGGAAUGUGCGCUGCAUGUGCAAUGGAGGACUCUGCCCAGGGUCCAACGAUCCCUGUCUGGAGAAGCCGUGUCCAGGGGACAUGCAGUGCGUGGGGUACGAAGCCAGCCGGAGACCGUUCAUCUGCCAGUGCCCACCGGGAAAGCUUGGCGAGUGUUCAGGCCACACUUCCCUUAGCUUUGCUGGGAAUAGCUACAUUAAAUACCGUGUUUCUGAAAAUAGCAAGAAAGAGGAAUUCAAGUUGGCUCUCCGUCUGCGAACCCUGCAAAGCAAUGGGAUUAUAAUGUACACCAGAGCAAAUCCCUGUAUAAUUCUAAAGAUUGUCGAUGGCAAACUCUGGUUCCAGUUGGAUUGCGGAAGUGGCCCAGGAAUCCUGGGGAUUUCUGGCAGGGCCGUUAAUGAUGGAAGCUGGCAUUCGGUCUUCCUGGAGCUGAACCGCAAUUUCACGAGCCUGUCUCUGGACGACAGCUACGUGGAGCGCCGCAAAGCCCCCCUCUACUUCCAGACGCUCAGCACAGAUAGCUCCGUCUACUUCGGCGCCCAGGUCCAAGUGGAUAACGUCCGCAGCCUGACUGACAAGAGGACAACGCAGGUCCUGAGCGGCUUCCAGGGCUGCCUGGACUCGGUAGUGCUAAACAACAACGAGCUGCCGCUGCAGAACAAGCGCAGCAGCUUCGCAGAAGUGGUUGGCCUGACGGAGUUGAAGCUUGGCUGCGUCCUUUAUCCCGAUGCCUGUGAGAGACACCCCUGCCAGAACGGCGGCACCUGUACUGCCGUGCCAUCUGGUGGGUACCAUUGCAAUUGCCUCUCCCAGUUUACAGGAAGGAAUUGUGAGUCAGAGAUCACAGCCUGCUUCCCAAAUCCUUGCCGGAAUGGAGGCUCAUGUGAUCCCAUCGGCAAUGCUUUCAUCUGCAACUGCAAAAAUGGCCUGACAGGAGUAACGUGUGAGGAAGACAUCAACGAGUGUGAAAGAGAAGAAUGUGAAAAUGGUGGCUCCUGUGUCAACAUCUUUGGUUCAUUUCUGUGUAACUGCACCCCUGGCUAUGUGGGUCAAUACUGUGGUCUUCGCCCCGUGGUUGUUCCCAAUAUACAAGCUGGGCAUUCCUACGUUGGCAAGGAGGAGCUGAUAGGAAUAGCCGUGGUCCUGUUUGUCAUAUUUGUGUUAAUCGUUCUCUUCAUCAUUUUUCGCAAGAAAGUUUUCAGGAAGAACUAUUCCCGCAACAACAUCACGCUCGUACAGGACCCAGCCACUGCAGCCCUGCUCAACAAGAGCAAUGGCAUCCAAUUCAAGAACAUCAGGAACAGCGGAGACAGCAGAAAUAUCUACCAAGAGGUGGGGCCUCCACAGGUGCCCGUGAGGCCAAUGGCCUAUACCCCGUGCUUCCAGAGUGACUCACGGAAUAACCUGGACAAGAUAGUGGAUGGGCUUGGUGUGGAGCACCAGGAGAUGACAACGUUUCAUCCCGAGUCCCCUCGAAUACUGACAGCCAGGAGGGGGGUGGUGGUGUGCAGUGUAGCGCCAAACUUGCCUGCUGUGUCUCCCUGUCGCUCCGACUGUGACUCCAUCAGGAAGAGCACAUGGGAUGCUGGGACAGAAAGUAAAGGGGUUGAUGACGCUGAAGAAGUGACCUGUUUUUCAGGAAGUAAUAAAGGCAGCAACUCCGAAGUACAAUCCCUCAGCUCCUUCCAGUCUGAUUCCGGAGAUGAUAAUGCUUCCAUAGUGACUGUCAUACAGCUUGUCAACAAUGUAGUUGACACUAUAGAAAAUGAAGUGUCUGUUAUGGAUCAAGGACAGAACUACAACAGAGCGUAUCAUUGGGAUACCUCUGACUGGAUGCCCAGCGCUCGCUUGUCCGACAUUGAGGAAGUGCCCAAUUUUGAGACGACGGAUGGAGGCUCGGCUCAUCACGGCAGUACCAGGGAGCUGGAAACAGAUUACUACCUUGGUGGCUACGACAUCGACAGCGACUACCCUCCCCCUCACGAAGAGGAGUUUUUGAGCCAGGACCAGUUACCACCUCCUCUUCCAGAGGAUUACCCAGAGCAGUAUGAAACCCUCCCACCCUCGCAGCCAGUCUCAAUGGCAAGUACUCUCAGUCCCGACUGCAGGAGACGGCCGCACUUCCACCCGAGCCAAUACCUCCCUCCCCACCAGUUCCCCAAUGAGACGGACACCACAGGAUCUCAGACUGGGAACGAAUUUAGUACUUUUGCUGUUGGCCCAAGCCAGAACACAGAAAAUGUUAGUGCAGGAAAGAUGCCCUUAUCUUUGCACAACUCUCUCAACGCCUCCUCCUCUGACGUCUCGGCCGGCUGCGGCUUUGAUGACUCCGAAGUAGCCAUGAGUGACUUUGAAAGUGUGGAGGAACUCAGCCUAGAAAAUGUUCACAUUCCAUUUGUGGAGACCCAGCACCAGACACAAGUGUAAAGGAAGCUCCUUUCUUCUUCCUUCUCCUUUUCUUUUUUUAUUUUGUCAUUUGGUCCAAUUAAUAGUAUAAAUAUUGAGAAGAAAUUUUGCUGAAGGUGUGUCUAUAUAUAUAUUGGGCAAAGAAAAGUACAGUAUAACCCAUUAUUAACUUGUUCAGAAAUGAUACUGUAUGUGCAGACACGAAGAGACCAAUUGUGUUAAGUAUUAUACAUCACAAAAUUGUUACAGACAAUCUGGAGAGUGUGUACAUUCUAUUUAUUACCAAGAGUAAAACUCAGCUUUUGAGGCAGGGGGGAAAAUAACUAAUAAUUUCUUUCUCUCUCACAAAGUUGGGUUGUUUUGGGGUUUUUUUUCGGCAUUGUGUUAUUAAAAGUGUUACAGUGUUACGAUGUCCCCACAGUAUUAAGGAAUGGGUAUGGAUCAUUCUAGGAUGUAGUGUUGCAUGAAAUCUUGUGUCAGCAAAGAGUGAAAGCAAUUGAUCGCUGGGGCUGCUGCAUACAACAUGUCAGAUGGCUAAAAAAAAGCAAUCUAUGAAUUGACCUAUCAAAGACAAGUGACCAGUUAUUUGUCCAUAAAUAUUUAUCUAUCCUUUUGUUUAAUACACAGCAUUUCAUUCUAUUUUGUGGAGAGUAACACACAUCCAUACAGUUUAUAUUUACUCCAAAUUGGCUUACUUCGGUUGUCAUUUUUUAAAUCUUAUGUCAGAUGCAUGUGCAUAGAUUUGCCCAUGAGGUCCUCUCAAAAUGUCAGAGUUUGGCUCAGGAGUGGCCUGGUUUUGCCCCAGCUGUGUAUGCACAGCCUCUCUAAAUGUGUGUGCAACAUGAGCAUGAAUCUCAUGGGGAGCUCAGGGGGGUACCCAGCAGCUACGCAGAUUAUCAUUUUUUUGGAAAUUUCUUGCUGGGGCAAUCAUCUCUUUAACAGAAGUCCUCAUGCUGCAGUUACUGCAGUAAAAUUAGUUGCAAUUAAGUUACAUAUAAGGCUGCUGUAACCUCACAUCAUUAGUUUAACAUCCUUUGGCAAAUGUCCAUCCUUAGAGUUCACGGGAUGAGUUCUCAGCUGCUGUAGACUGACUCAAUCGGUGGAGCUGCAUGAAUGGUCUGUGGCCAAAGAUCUAUUGCUAGAUUUUUACACUGGAUGCAUGAUUUUGUAGGAUUUGAGUACAUCCAAAGGUUGUUUGCAGACUUAAGAAUAUUGUUGUAGAAUCAAGAAAACCAUGGCAUCUGUAUGCUUUUAUGCUUCCCUCAGCCUGAUUGGAGUAAAUGGUAAUUCACAUUGAUUUGGUCAGAGCAGUCAAGUGCAAUCUGGAAAUAUGGGAUUUUCACUCAAUGUAUGAAAGCAGAUAUACACAGCUUUUUCUUGGUGCUCUGAAAAUGUUUUUACCACUGCAUUUUACAGCGUCUGUGUACCUUACCAGUGAAUGUGAGCCCAAAAGCCAGCGUUGCUGUUGGGUUUUCAUCCAUUUCUUCCAUGUCAUAAUUCUGUCAUUCUGAAAAGCUGUUGAAUACCUAAAUCAUUGUGAUAAAUGAACAGAAUCAUUAGCAGGUUUCCUGUGCUGCUUUCCAUGUCCUGUCCCUUGGUCAGUCACCUUAAUUGGAUAGUUUCAGUAGCUGUGUGCCCAGGGCAUGUUCUUGACUGACAUGAGUUUCACACAAAAUUAAGUUGUGGGCCAUUACUUGACAUGCAGAAAGAGUUUAUUCAAAAAUUUUCCCCAACACAAAGAAAUUACUAGUAGAAUGUAAUUUAAAUAAUUGCAGCUUGUAACACUUUUAAUAAAACAGGAUUUCUAGAAUUCUUGGGAGUAAGUACAGUGUGUUGCUGCUUCCCUCCAAUAGCUCAUAUAGCUGUGAAAGAUCAGUGUGGAUGUUUUAUUUGGGAUGGUGCGGCAGUUCUUCAGUAGAAAACAGCUCAUUAUGCAGGUAUGUGAAUAAAAUGAGAGAACUUCUAGAAAGAAUGUACUGCACAUACAAGUAUUGUCAAGCACUUGUCUGCAAAUAGGUCCUGUCCAUUGAAUUUAUGAAUGUCACUUGGUCUUCUCAAAGUAAACAUGCUUCUGUAACAGUGAUAUAUUCUGAAUGUGGUCAUGGUGCGUUUCAGACCCUUUCCCCUGAUAUUAUUCCAGUGUUUUUAAGAAGAAAAAAAUACGUAAAUUUGUGUUGUGAUUGCAAGGAACUGAGGGAUUUGCCAGAAGGCCAUAAAAUGGUUUGGCAAGCCUAGAGGCACGGAUAGAGCAUAACUUGUAUUGUUCAUGAAGUCUGUGUUACAGGAAAGGAAAUUAGAUUGAUGUCUCUUCAAGAGUUAGGAGCAUCAGAGUUGGCAAAGCAAUUCUGCAAAUUUAGCUGCACUUUUAAAGCUUGUAUGAACUUCUGAGAAUGUGAUGCUUUCUUAGCAUCGGCCUGCAGUUUACAUGAGGUUUGCUCCUACUCAGUUUUGGUUUGAGACAUUUUUAUCCAUUCGUUACGCAAUUAAUUCUGUUCAAGCCCCCAGCUAGUUAUUAGGUGUACUUGUCACCUGUCUUCUGUAGUGAAAGUUCUUGCAUAAGCCUGAGACACCGAUAUCAAACCUUUACUGGGACAUAUCAAAGGUGUCAUGAGGGGCAGCACGAUGGGAGCCUAGUGAUCGCCAUACAAAAAAAAAAAAAAAUCAAUGUUUCUUACCAAGCUUGUUGCCUCAGUAAUAUAUUGUUGGUAGUGAGUUUUAAUAGUAAAAUAUGCAUAAAUACAAUGUAUAGUACUUUUUCUGUUUGAUGUUGUUGCCAUUUCAUUUCACUGAACGCCUACUUAUUAAAGUACUGUUGGGAAGGUGCCAAGGAUCACCCGUUCAGCCUUCUCUGUCCUAUUCAUGAUUUCUAUACCUCAAUAUCUCCUCUCCUCCAAAUCCAUCUUCAGAUUCCCCUCUGUGAAUAUUGGUACUUCUGUGGCCUUUCUGGUUUUGUUCAGGCUCUUUUUGAUAAUGAUAAAACCCAAAUGCAGUUCAACAGGUGAAAUACCUCUUAGGGAGUACUAUUUUCGUAUUAACAUCUCUUGUUAAACCAAGCAAUUUUAUUUUCUUUUUAAUUACUGCUCUGCACAAACAUACCAAAAUCUUCUAAUGUGGAACAUAAGAACACAUUCAUAACAUAAUGUAAGAAUUACUGUUCAUAUUAGCACUUCCAAUAUAUAUUUCCUUUUUCUGCCAUAUGAUGAUUUUUGUAUCACUGCUGCUGUCAGGUCCCUGGUUCUACAAGAGCUACCCUGCACAUCUCUUCUUAUCCUCUGUGUCUGUAUUUCAGACUACAUCCCUGUAGAUGGCUCCACUACACAGUAUUUUCUCCCAGAAUCAUCUGUAGCAGAUUAUUUCAUAGGCUUAAUGAAGUACUUUGAAGUAUCACUGGCUUAUAACUUAGGAUCAAGAGUUUUUGCUUUUUGGAAAGAAGCAGCAAGAGGAAAAAAGCAACUUGUUAAAAUGCAAAUACACAUUUAUAUAAGAAAUCACGAACUUUGCCAGGGGUGUAUGAGUCCAAGUAAAAGGGUGCAUGUUCUCUGUGUUUUGAUCAAGUUGAGAAUGUCAUGCACAGUGCUGGCCUUUUUAAUAAUGCUGGCAGUGGAAAGAGCCUUACAGUGACUACAUGAUUUAUUUGACCGAUACCACAUUAGGUGGCCUUGUGCAAAAGGAAGAAUUUGGCUUAUGUACCAUUCUUAAGUAUGCUAAUUACUUUGCCUUUGUAUUAUAAACAUAAAAAAAAAAAAAGGGGGGGGCAAAAACCCCCCAUAAAAUUAUAGAUACUGGAUGUAGUUGCUGUUCUUGACCAGUGUCUUAAAGUGGAAUAAAGGGCCAAAUGUGACACCAUGGAGCUGUAGAAUCACUUCCCUCCCAU